AUGCUUUGUCUAACCCAAGACAAGAUGACAUUUGUCUCAGAUGGAAACGUCUCGCUGAAAGCCAGUCCUGUACAGGUGCACCUCAUUUCUCUCACCGUAUCUGAAGUCUCACGAUUAGCAGCUGCGCUCUACGAGAUGAGAAUCAUGGAAAGAUCGGAGAGCUCAUUCGACUUACUGGUGUUCGUAAAUACGGCUAUACGAUUUACCUCGCUGUGUACCGUCACGACGAUGAUUCCAGCGAUGAUCGCCGAGCGAGUGUUUGCUUCGCAUUAUAUUGCCGAUUACGAGAAGUUACCGCGACCCUGGAUCUCUGUCCUAAUAAAUGGUGCUGCGAUAGUACUGGCUGUGUCCUACCACUCGCUAACAAUGCUGGCAUCUAUAUCGAUAUUCUUUGUGCUUGGCCUGAGUAUUCUGUCUGCAAUCAUUAUGGCAUUAUCCUCUGUGGCAAUAGCUAUGGUUCAUCGUAGCGACGUUACCUUACUGCGUGAUCUCACGAACAUAACCGGUGUGUCAACAAUCACCUACACACUCUGUCUCAAAUAUCAACUCGAAGAGAACGUCCGAGUGACUAAGAUCCUUCACAGUUCUCGUCUGGUGGUUGUUAUGGAUGCUUGGUGA